GAUUUCUUUGUUCAAACUUCAACAAAGAAAUCCAAGGAACAGAGGUUGUACAAUGCUAUUGUUCUUUCUAUAAUUCUCGGGACUACAAACAAACAAUCAAUCAAUCAAGAUGUGUUUCGCAAAUCGAAAUCGCUGCAAGCGAUGCAACAAGGAAACCAUUCAAUACGUUUCCAAAUGUCAGCAAUACCCCAAUGUCACUACCGAAACCGCCACUCACGCCAUUCGAGGCCGACAUCGCCGAAUCAGAUCCUGCAAGGAAUGCAGACGCACCGAAAGACGACGAGCUGAAGAAGAAGCUGCAUUAACCACCGUUCAUCACCAACAAGCCAAAGCUAUUAUUGAAUGGCAGAGAUUGGAGCGACCACUUCCAUUGAGUGAUGAAGCCAUUGCUACUAGGUACGGUGAUCUUUACUUGGACGGAGAGAGACUUCAUCCUUACUGUGUUGGCUUUACUGACAUUCAUAGAGAUUACAUGGCAGCACACAGACGAGAACUCGCAGCCCGUUCUAAGAAAAUCCAGGAAGCACUCAAUGAAGUCGAAUUUGAAUUGACUGUUGAUGAACUUGAGAUCGUCGCUAUGAUCUUUUCUGAAGACGCAAUGUUCGACGAGUGCAUUCAAAGACAAGCCGAGAUCGAUUCUGGAGCCAGAACCAUGACCGAAACCGACAGGGACUUUUCAUUCCACGAAGUCGGUACCAUUCGAAACUUCAAUCGAGCCAUGGUAACGAUCAAAUCGGCCGCGAGAAGAAAUAACUUCGGAACUUGGACCGUAGACGUACCGGAUCGCUAUGUCGCCGAAGACAGAAUUCGUCGUGAAAUCAUCGCCUAUAUCGCCGCCUUGGAAGAGGCCAACGCAGAAGAUGACAGAAUCGACAAAUUCACCAACCAGGUCCUUAAUGAAUUUAAGAAGGAGGAGGAGACUUUUGACUUCGACCCCAAGACCUGCAGUUUGAAAAGUGAAGUUCCUGUAUGGGGCAGAGUCGACGAUCGCAAGACCUUCUGCGAAUGGAAAAACCACUGCCAACAAUCGUCAAAGAAACUCGAAGGAAAAUUUGACCGAUGGUAUACCCUCAUCAAUCAGUAUCGAAAGUAUUUGAUGAUCGUUUCUCCAGCCCAAGCCACUCUAUUCUCCAUCGCACGAAACAAGAUCGCUUCACGCAUGUUUCGGGCUCUCACUGGGAGACCCGAACCAGUACCACUAGUAAAGGUACCCGAGCCUGCAACCCCUGAACUCCAAUCUCAAGAAACUCACGAUAAUGAACUCAGUUCAUUAGAUCUAGACGACUACCUUGAUACUGAUUCCGAGGAUGAUGGUUGCGAUAUGGCAUUAUCAGAUACCGAGGAUGAUGAUGAUGAAUCCAACGGAGUAGAAAUGACACCAGCCAGACAACGCCUCCAGCAAUCCCUUUCAGGACUAGAACAAUUAGUUCAAAUCUCCAACGGAUUUAUUCGCGAUCUUCCAGAACAAUCCAACACCGGAGCUGCCUACCUCCAGCAAUGCAUUCGCUUCUUAAACGACCAAUUAGCUAGCAAUAGCUAUCCAACAGGAGCAGAAUGGGAGAUUGUUGCGCAAUACACCGCAAACGCCAUGGAGAUGCUCAAUCAUUUGAACGAUGAACGAAAUGCCCGAGCUGCCAGCAGACAAGCCGAAUCACCUGGCGCUUGGCGCGAACCAACACAAGAGCCAGAACCGUUUCUCGUCGAUCUCACACCUAUGGAGCUUGGAAUCAUGGAAGAAGAACCCGACAGUAUCGCCCAUGGCCGUCGCCAUAUCUUGGGUCUUUCAUCACCACUGAGAGCCUAUGAAUGGCGACUCGAAGAAGAGGGGAGUGAGGACGGGAAUGUUUGGCGUGGUGAGAUGUAUGAUGAGGAUGAGGAUGAGGAGUAUUUCUGAACUUUCUUUGUCAUCUCUUUCAUCUCAUCAUCCAUUUUCCAUUGUCCUUUGUCUUUGAUCCCUUCUGGAUGAACAACAUUGAAAAGCCCCACGAGAUAUGAACGAAUUUUUUUUAUGAGGAGUUUGGCAGGAUCUGGGAUUAUAGGACAUAGGAUAUAUCACGGAACAAACAAUGCAAUACAGUGGCUUAAGCUUUGUACAAUAUAGAACCGAUAGAUAGAUAGAUACUGAAUUUAUAGAAGAUGAAAAUUUAAACAACACACACA